UUUCUACAAAAACAAAACCCUUCCGAUCUCAGGAGUCGGUGACAAAAAAAAUAAGAUUACAGCUAGAGAAAGGGAGGAAAUAGAAGACAGCAAUGACGUCAAGGCUCCUCUUCUUCUUCUUCCUCUUCCUAUGCACAGUAACAACUCUAGUAUCGACAGUCUCAGGAGCAUUAUCUUGCCGAAAAUCCUGCGGCGACAUUCCAAUAAACUACCCUUUCGGCAUCGACAAAAGUUGUGGAUCUCCACAGUUCAGUGGAAUGCUCAACUGCUCCUCCACCGAUCUGUACUUCGUUACUCCUUCCGGAAGCUACAAGGUACGGUCAAUCGAUUACGACAAGAACACGCUGGUUGUCUUCGAUCCGUUGAUGUCUACUUGCUCCACCCUCCAGCCUAACCACGAUUUCAAGCUGUCGGAUAUCCAGAACACUCUUAUUAGGCCCUCCUACGACAGCGUUUUCGCUCUCUUGAACUGCUCCAAUGAUUCUCCGCUGCAUAACCGGUACCAGAAUCUCUGCUUCAGUACCGCCGGCCACUCCUGCGACGAGCUUUACAGCUCAUGCACUUCCUUUAGCGUCUUCAACACUACUUCUCCCAAUGGUAACAAUACGGAGCGUGCGACGCCCAAUUGUUGUUUCACGAACUAUGAUACGGUGCGGGCGAUGAGUAUGAGCGUCUUGGAUUGUUCACAUUACACGACCGUGAUUAACGAUGGGAAAAUGAAGGGCGCGGUGCCUAUAGAUUGGUCGUAUGGAAUCGAGCUUUCGUACUCAGCGCCAGAGAUUGGUUGCAACGCUUGCGACAAGUCAGGCGGCACGUGUGGUUUCGACCUCGAGACGGAGAUCUUUCUUUGCCAAUGUCCAAACAACAUUACGACAAGAGAUUGUGGUGGAGUGAGUGAUGGAGGCAGCAACUCUACAAAAGCUAAUUAUGCUACGCUUUUCUUGGUGAUGCUCGUGUCAUUUAUCUGUGCGAUCUUGUGAUCUAUUCUUGUAUCAGUUUCGAAGAAAUUAAAAUAUUAUUAGUCUAUGGAUUAUGAUCAAAAUUCAUCAGUGAUUUCAUUUUGAUAACUUGUCGCGUUUUUAAGUUAAAAUUAGCUGAAAAGAAGUAAAUUAGUUUUCAUGUUGAUGA